GUGCCAUAUCGAGUGCGUCCUCCUCACCUCCCCAUACUCCAACCUCUCUGUCCCUCUUGUCUCCCUCCCCCUCUGUCACCUUCUCCCCCCUUCCCCCUACACUGCCAUGGCGGACAACGGCACAACGUCGCGCGGCGGCGUGGGGCGCAAGAAGACUAAGAAGCGGAAAAGAAGAAGAUGACCAAGAAGCAGCGGGCAGCAUUGGCCAAAGCCGAGGCUGAGGCGCAGCGGCUGGCCCUGAUUGAAGAGUAUGCGCGGCUGGAGCGCGAGCGGAUCGAAGAGGAGGCGCGGCAGGCCAAGGAGCGCGAGCUGAUGAAGCUCAAGCUCGAGGAGGAGCAGGAGAAGCGUGAGGAGGAGCACGCAGAGAUCCAGGUCUGGCUCGGUGAACGGACGGUCGAGGUUGAGCUGUGGGACUCGGACGCCGAAGCUGCCGAGGCGUGGGCGCGCCACGUCGAGUGCGAGCCUCUGCCGGACCCGCGGUCUGAGCGCGAGAUGAACACGUACCUCCGACUUUGGGCCGAAGCCUCUGUCGCAGACCACGUCGAGGCGCUCAACAAGGUGCAAGAGUCCAACGUGGUUGUGGCUGACAUUGAGCGAGUCCUCGCACGCGCGUUUGAGCGGAGCGACACCGCGGCCAUGGCGCGGCUGGAGGCCAAGGUUGCCGAGCUCCGGUCGGUGGCGACGACCAAGAUCGAUGCCCUCACCGCGCACCUCAUCCAGCACGCCGACGCAUUUACCGACGACAAGCUGGAGUGCCAGGUUGAGGUGGCGCUCCCAGACGUCCGCUACGCGCUCUGGGUCAACGUCGCCAAGAACCUGCGGGUCAAGUCGCGCGAGUUCCGCGACGUCGGCAUCACCACGUCCAUCUCAAAGGGCCUUGCCCUCGCCUCUGUCGCCAUGCGGUUUGUCCACACCAACUGGGACAACCUAACGCCGACCUCGGUCUCGGAUGAAUACAUGACGCUUGGCGGCAUCCUACAUUUUGACCUGCUCGACGUUCCGCCGUCGCCCAAGACGCUCAAGGGCUGGACGCUGCGCCCGGUCACCGAGCUCGCCCACACAGUUCGCCGGCUCGGCUAUCCGAUUGUGCCGCCCGGGACCGACCCGGCUUCGGCACCGGUUGCGCCGUCGCCGUCGUGGAAGCGCAUCAAGAUCACAUGGAUCGUCCCCGACGCUGUCUUUGUCCGCUCCAAGUCGCCGCUGCUUGGCUGGUGGGACGCGCAGGUCGGCAUUUGGCGGACCGACGGCAUCGAGGCUUCGACCUUUGACCCAGUCACACGGGUCCUCUCGUUCGAAACCAUCCACGCCGCACCGACCGCCCUCCUUCAGCCUCGCUACAUUGACCUUCCGUUUGAGCACUGGCUCCUUGCGCCGGCCGAGCCCAACAAGGCCAUGCUCUCGCUCAUGGGCGGCGAGAUGCAGAUUGUCGUCGAGAUUGGUGAGGGCUACUGCCGGCUCACAAAGCCGCUUGACGACUGCUUCAAGGAGCUGCGCAACUCGCGGCUCUCGCCAUACCUGUUCAUGAUUAAGCUCGCGCGCAUUGGCAUCAACAUGAUUCCCACCAAUGCCUCAGUCCCGCGCCUCACUGGUGUUCGGGUCAAGGACCGCUCGCUCGAGGACGCUCUCCACGCCGAGCUCUGCCUCCUCGCGCCCUCUUUCUCGCUCGGCUACUCCAAGUGGAACGCCGGCCGCUCUGCCAAGAAGGCUGUCCUCAAGAUCCGCCAGGCUCUCGACCAGGCUGCAGCGUCAGAGGCGCCGGCGGCCUCGCGCCUCGACCCGGGCAGCGACAUCGAGCCGUACCUCACCAUCCUCUAUGACCAUCGCCACCACGACGCCGCCGUCCUCAAGGCCAACGACGACUCGGAGCACUUUACUGAGGAGAAGCAGGACGGCCUCGCCCUCCACCGCAACGUGUACAACUGCGUCAAGGAGGUGUGCUUGCAGGAGGCCAUCAUGGUCUGCCGUGCUGCCUCGGACCGCUUCACCGAGUCGGUCCGCCACAUGCUCAACAUUGUCCGGCUCAUGGCGUCAGGCAGCGAAAGCCAAAACUUUAGCCAUGCGCAAAAGGCCAACCUCGAGCUCAAGGCUGAGCUAGAGCAGGCCGAGGCGGACAUGGAGACGUUCCGGGAAAAGGUCAAGUUCAAGCUUGCGUCGCAGAUUUCGGAGCGGCGGCGGCUGACCGAGCGCGCCGAGGCGCUGCAGGCCGAAAAUGAGAAGCUCGCCGAACAGGUGGCUGCGACGAGAGGCGGCGAGGGCGAGGGCGGCGAAUCGGGCUCGGGCUCGGCGUCAGGCGGCGAGGCUAUGGCGCGGAGUGUGAAGCCGGUGCCGCCACCACGGCCCAAGGCCCCACCGCGGACAGCAGAGGAGGCGGCCGAGGCGGCAAUGCUCAUUGAGCACAUCCGGCAGGCCGAGUCCGAGGCCGAGCACGUGCAGCGCAAGGUGCGGAUCAAGCUGCAGCACCUGGUGAUCGAGAAGCACGCGCUCAACAUUCGGCUCCAGGAGUUGGAAAACUCGGAGAACUCGAUGAGCCGAAUGCAGGAGAUGCGGACGCAGCUCGCGCAGCUACUGGACGACAAGACAACGCUCAUGCAGCAGUGGACUGAACUGAAGGCGACGAUGGAAAACGCCCAGCUGUGGCAGACGCAGAACGCACAGCUCGAGCGGCAGAUCCAACUGGUGGACUCGCAGCGAGCCGAGGCCCAGGCCAAGAUGGACAAGCUGACCGCGGCGCUCAACGCGAAUCUGGCGACCAAGGCUGAGGCGCGCAAGUCCAAGAAGAAGCUCGGGGCGAGAAUCGAGAAGCGGAAGGAGAUUCUUGCUCGCGAACGUGACUCGCAAAAGCACGCGGCGCAGUGGAAGGCACAGAAUGAGUUUUUGCGUGCGCAGAUGGCCAAGAUCCGCAAGGUCAACGUGGUGCUUGCGGCCAAGGUGGAGGAUGCACAGGCCAUUUCGCUCGACUCGAGCAACUCGCGCGAGGGCGCAGCACUGGCAGCGCAGGUGGCGUCGAACGAGGCGGCUAUGGCCGAGCUGCGGACGACGAUUGCCGAGCUGGAGUCCGCCAAGGCAGCGUUUGAGAGCGAGGCGGCGGCGCUGACGUCGGACGUCGAGGCGCUUGUGGCAGAGGUGACCGGGGCCAAGAUGAAGAUCCAGACGUUGACGCGGACGGCGACCAAGUCUGCCGCUACCAACGCCGACUACCGGAGGACGCUGCUCAACGUGCUUGAGGAGAAGGGCAUGCUCUCACUCCGGGUCAACGAGCUCCUCUCCAAGCUCAAGCUCCUCGAGGAGUGGGAGGAGGAGAACGACGAGCUGUACUUUGGCAUCCAGGAGCUGCUCGACGAGAACGCACGGCUGCAGCAGCGGCUGGCGCAGCUGCGGGCGGCGGCCGAGGCGAGCGGCGACAGCUCGUUGGUGCCCGACGCCAUGGACGUCUCGCUCAACGCGGCGACCAAGGAAAUUCUCGAGGCAUCGGUGUACGGGACGCUUGACGGCGACGAUGUCGACCGGUUCGCCGAGAUGCGGCGGGCGUUUGGCAUGGAGCUGCCGCAGGGCGCCGAGUCGGGCGGCGGCGAGGACUCGGGCUCGGGCCACAUGUCGCUCGACAUGUCUGCGUCGGGUGAGGGCAGCUCGGCGUCGCCGUUCAAGCCCGGGCGGGCCUCGCUGCGGCGAAUCAAGGGCCGCACGUACUCGGAGGCCAAGCUCUCGGAGCUGCACUCCCUGCUGCAGGAUCCGGGCGAUGCGUCGGAUGUGGCGGCGCGGAUCCAGAAGGCAGCCGAGGCCAAGGCGGCAGCCAAGGCCAAGGCCAAGGCGUCUGCAGCGGCCGAGGCCGAGGCUGCGGGCGCCAGCUCCGGUGACGGGGCAGGUAAGGGCGGCGAGUCGGACGCAUCGCUCUCGCUCUCGCUCCUCACCGACGACUCACCCGAGGCGUACUUUGCCGACAAGCGUGACAUCAAGUUUAUGUCACCGGAAGAGCUUCCGGCCGAAGCGCAGUCGGGCGCUGCGGGCGGCGGGUCGUCUUACCCGUCGGUCAAGUGCGGGACGCUGUACCGGCUUGUCGAGCGGCUGACGUUUGAAAAAUACCCGGACAUGGAGUACGUGCAGGCAUUCAUGCUCACGUACCGGUCGUUUACCAACCCGAUUGCGCUGAUGGAAAAGAUGAUUGAGCGGUACUGCAUCACGGCGCCGGCGUCGCUCGAUGCAGCAGCGCAAGCCGAGUUCAAGAAGCGCAAGCUGGUCCCCAUCCGGCUGCGGGUGUACAACGUGCUCCGCGGAUGGCUCGACAAGUACUUUCGUGACUUUGAGGAGAACGAAGACUUGCUCGCCAUGCUCAAGGACUUUGCGUCGAACAUCAUGACGGCAACAGGCAUGAAGCGACCGGCAGCAGGAAAAGCCAAGAAGCUCUCGUUUGAGUCGCUCCCGCCGCCGCCCAAGAGCCAGAUCAUCUCCAACCCGUUCUCGAUCAACAUCAAGGACCUCGCGCGGAACAUGUGCCUCCUUGAAAUGCAGAUGUACCAGGCCAUUCCGGUCACCGAGUGCCUCAACAACCGUUGGUCCGGGCCAAACAAGGCCAAGACGGCGCCAUCGAUCUUCCGCACCAUUGUCCACUUCAACACAACAACGAUGUGGGUGACGACCGAAGUAGUGCAGAACACCAAGCUCAAGCCCAAGGCGCGGGCCAAGAUCAUCGCCUACUUUAUCAAGCUCGCCAUGGAGCUCAAGGCGCUCAACAACCUCAAUGGAGUGAUGGAAGUCGUCGCCGGGCUCUCCAACGCCUCGGUCCGCCGGCUCAAGCGGGCUUGGGCGCGAGUCGACUCGAAGCUCAUUGCCGAGUUUGACUCGCUCAAGUCGUUGACCUCAAACCACCGGGCGUACGCCAUGCUCCGCAACCACAUCCGGAUCUGCAAGCCUCCGUGCAUUCCCUAUCUCGGUGUCCACCUCACCGACCUGACGUUUAUUGAGGACGGCAACGACGACCAGAUCGACGGCGGACUCAUCAACAUGGUCAAGCGCCGCAUGGCCGCCAACGUCAUCCGCGACAUCUUGCAGUACCAGCACGACUCGUACCCGUUCGAGGUCUCGCUCCCCAUCGCGCACUACCUCGUCAAUAUGGAGUGCAAGGACGACGACGCGUGCUAUGACCUCUCCCUGCUCGCCGAGCCGCGCCAAUGA